AGUAUGCUUUAGUAGUGGAAAGGCACGGUUGAACUCCGUGAUCUCAAAGUGUCGUCUCAACCCAUGGAUUCUAUGUCUCUGCAAGCAGCCCCACCCGCCGCUCCCCCGCCGUGAUUUGGUCCGGCCCGCUCACCCCCUUCUCCCGGCGCAAUGGUGUGGCCCGCGCGCCCCGCCCCGUCCCCGCACUAGGAAAGAUGGCGGCGCCCGAGGCAGCGUGGAACAGGCUGGACGUGCCGUGGCCCGCGAGCAGUGCCACGGUGGCAGUGGCGAACACGCACCCUGCAGCACGCUGGGUGCUCAAGCUGCGGCGUCGCUGCAGUGUGGCCAGCAAGCGGCUGUCCGGCACCAGCCUGGCUGCCGAGGGACGCGUCCUGCGGGCUGUGCUCUACGUGUACCACAGCAGGCUGCUCCGGCACCGGCCCUACCUGGCCCUGCAGCAGGUAGAACAGUGCUUGAAGCGCCUAUGGAAAAUGAACUUGGUGGACUGCAUUGAAACUUUGGUAGGACUGAUUCCCAAGAAAAAUACAUCCCAUGCAGAGUGCUUAGUUCCCAGCCAGCCUAUGCUGGAAACAGUGGCUCUGAAGGUGUUGGGAGGUUGCAAGCUCAUACUGCGUCUACUGGACUGCUGCUGUAAAGCUUUUCUCUUGUCUGUUAGACAUCUCUGCUCAGAAGAGUUCAUACUUAUGAACACUGUGGCUUCAGGGUUGUUGAGCCGGCUAUGGAUUCACUACAGAUGUGUAUUGCGGAGCCUCAUGUCCUUGUAUGAUGUGUUGUCAACAUCACUUCAGCUCGUAUCUGAGACCCAACAGAUGCCAUAUAUCAAGGGGUUUACCUUCCCUUCUGAUAUCAGUAACUUCCUUGGAGUUAACAUUUCUUCUGAGGUAAAGAAGCAAAAGGCUAGAAUGCUUACAAAAAGAACCUCCACCAACUGGCUGAAUAAGGUCUUCCCAACAAUGCCAGAAGCAGCGUCAGAUGUUGGGAAAAAGAGAAGUUCUGUGACGUACAGGAGUGCUGUGAAAAAACAUAGCAUCCCCUGCCCUGCGGACAUCGGAGAGCCAGUCCUGAUGACCGGAGCCAGCAGAGGGAAGCACCUGGGAUUUGAUGUGAAGAGCUUACUCAGACCAUCCAGAUCUCUAGCACAUGAGAGCGUAAGCAUUGCAUCAACACCUUUUAAAACAACAUCAGCAUCGCUUUCCUCUCGUAUUGCAAAAUUCCAGCACACUGGAUCUCUUGUACAGAUGGUCCAAACAGCUACGUCGUUUGGGGAACUGUCAGAGGCACUCAGAAAAGCUAUUCUGUGGUGCAAAGCCAACAAAUUUAAAUCAGCAGCUUAUUUUCUGCGCAACAAGUUGCUGAAAAGCAACCGGCUGCACCAUGUGGAGGCUCAAGGAUGCAGCUUGAAGAAAAAACUCUGCUGUGUCAAAACAUCUGUCCGUAAAUACUUCCUCUAUGGGUCACAAAACACAUGCUGGCCAAAGAACUACCUUGGGGCACGGUUCUGUCGAAGGAGGAUUAAAUCAUCUACAUGCUUGAAGAAGACUUUGAGGACUGUUCGACAAAAACCUUCUGAGCAUUUCGGAGUCUGUGAGAACACGGCAUCACUCAUUCUCCCAGCUUACCAGGAUGGGACUCUGACUGGGGAAGGACACUCCUAUGCUGAUACAGCCUCUGUCAAACUAAGCACAGUGGGAACACCUAAGCAGCUGCUGCUGGAAGGAAGCUCUGGCUCUGUAUGGAAAGAAGCUACUGAGAACAUGGACAUUGAUUCUAUUUUUGCAGCUGUAGGUGUCUGACCCUGAACUGCCGGGAGGAAAAGGGUUAAGUCAUUCAAAUUUCCUAAGUAAAAUCCUCAGAACCCUAGUGGUCUUCUGUUAACUCACACUCUGAAUUCUGCUAAGAACAUAGCAAUUGUUUUAUUGUAUUUUUGUAAAACAGCUUUUUUAUGGAGGGGCACUCUAAACAUCUGAAUAGUCUUCAUCCUUUCACCUAGCCCUGUCCAGGAACAGUGACUUUAAGUUAACUUUACUUGGCGUCCUUCUCUUUUGCUGGGCCACAUGUUAAGUGUUGCUGUCGAAUCCACAGCGCAAAAUUACCAUCCACAGCAGAAGGCUGCAGCUGAUCAUUUGCUGCCGCUUAAGACAGAAGACUUGCCUUCCAAAGUAGUCUUACGCUCUUCCUUCUGUGCUGGUUGUAUAGGGGACAGCCUUGACUUGCAGUGUUAUCUGUUCAGCAUUUCAUAGAGUCAUAGAAUGGUUUGCGUUGGAAGAGAUGUUAAAGAUUAUCCAGUUCCAACCCCUCUACCACAUGCAGGUACACGUCCCACUAGAUCAGGCUGCCUAAGGCCCCAUCCAGCCUGGCCUUAAACACCUCCAGGGAUGUUAUCCUUUUCAUGAAACAAGAAGCUAGCUGAACCUACUGCCUCUGAGAAAUGAGGGAAAGCACAGCUGUGGCCUGCAACAGUAAACUUCUGACUGGUGAACGUGGUUCUCACUGUCCUGAAACCUUAAUGUAAGUGCAAUUUCUGCCUGCUUGGCAGCGUAAGGCGCAGCUACUCUUUAACAUGUAUUAAUGAAACAAUGUUAGAACCAGCACUGAAGUUAGUGCUUUCUGCCAGGCUCUUGUUUGUAACAAAGGCCCAAGAUCAAGAUCAAAGGAAAUACUUGGAAUGAAAAAUGAGAAUCUGCUUUGUUGUAGAAUACCUGCCUAACAGGAGUAAGGAAAGGCUGUAA